UCUCAUUCCCACUCGCAGACCUCGCGCAAAGCCAGAAUCAGAAGCAUGCCCGCCACACCCGCGAAGCGCACCCGGCCAGACCUCGACAAUGACCAAACUCCUCGUGCCCAAGUCACAGUCGCGAAUCCCCUCACCAAUCCCCCGAGUCUAUCUUCAAGGAGCGAAUCGAGCUUGGCUUCGCAAAGUGAUGCGUCCAUGUCACGCGAUAGCAAGCGGUCAAAGCGGUCUCAGUCCCCGGCCAAGUUGUUUCCAAUGUAUGGUUCAGAAGGGCACCGACUGGUGAGAGAUUCAAUUAGCAUGACGGCGCCACGGCGAAAGCUUCCUUCGGCGCUGUCUCAACUUUAUCGAGAUUUAUUUGAUGUCGCGGGGCGCUAUGGCAUCAUCCCGCGGAGUAUCAAAGGGGCGUUGGAUCGGCACCUACAAUCGACAAUGUCGCUUGAUCGCUUGCAUGAUCAUAUGUUCUUCGACGAUACGACGAGUCAGAGCUUGGUUGAGUCUGAGUCUCCUACCAUGGCGUCAGAGAUAGAAAUCAUUCGUCGUGCUUCGCGCAUCGCCGAUCGGUCAGAUGAAUGCUCUCAGAUGCUCAGUGAUGAGGCGGCCUGGAACUGUCUUGUACAUUGUCCUCUGCUCGACCUUUUCACCUUCGACAUUUGUGAGGCAAAUGAGAAUAUACUCACUUUUAUGCCUUGCGAGCAUUCAAUCAAAUCUAACCCUCCAAGCACAACAACCAACAUCGAUUCCACAUACCAUCGUUUCCCCGACCCUGCGAGCCGCGUCGACUUUGCCUUUUACUUUGUACCCGACAAUGACCCUACACUCAGUCAACCCCCCACCGCCAUUCCUUGCUUCAACUGGACUUCAGACAGAAUGCUUCAACAGUACCCUCUCGCCUUUAGCAUCGAAACUAAGCGCUACGGUGGCAAUGCGGCAAAGGGGGAGCAGCAGAUGGGAAUCUGGCACGCGGCCCAGUGGGAUUUUCUCAUCACUCGCGCGGGCGCUGAUGCGGUGGCCAAGUUAGAGUUUCUACCUGGUAUUGUGAUUCAGGGUCAUAUCUGGUCGCUUGUUAUCACGAAAAGGAACGAAGGCACAACGACUGUGCUUUGUAGCCUUGAGUUUGGAAACACGGGUUCUGUUGUCGGUGUGUUUCAGGUUAUGGCUGGUCUGAGAGUGUUGCGGAAAUGGUCUCUUGAGGUGUUAUGGCCGUGGUAUAAGAUGUAUUUACCGGGAUUAUGCGCAGAUGCAAGUGCCGGUGUUGGUGCAUAGCGCACAAGCCGCAAUGGAAUAAUGACUGAUGGCUGUUAUUC